AUGGCAUGCAAAAGAUAUAGGCUUGCAGGGUUCAUGUGCCUCCUGCUACUGUUACCUGCUCAGGUCACAGCGCUGGACUGUAACUUUCUAAAACUCCAACAACAAAGAUUUAACUCGGAUAGUCUGGAACUGCUGAAAGGGAUGAGAAUGAAGCAUUCCCCAGAAUGCCUGGAAAACAUGACAGCAUUCGAUUUCCCGAAAAAAAUCGUGGAAAUACAUCAACCAUGGCUUGCCACGAAAGCAGUCCACGAAAUACUCCAUGGAUUCUUUGGCAUUUUAAGCAGUGAUCUUCUGCAGACAAGCUGGGCGGCCGCACACAGAGAGAGGUUCCUCAACAUGCUCUACGCCCAAACUGAAAGUAUUGAGAGAUGCCUUGCAGAAGCAAAAAGGACACGGAGAAGGAAGGACGAAUGGAAAAACAAGCUGAGAUUGAGGAAAUAUUUCCAAAGGAUCAGAAGUUUCCUCAAAGAGAAGGAACACAGUAGGUGCAGUUGGGAGAGUGUAAAACGGGAACUCUGGACCAGUUUCGUCUACAUCAACAUCCUGACGAAGAGAAUGGCCAGAUAG